AUGAGCAUGGCUGUAGCGGAAAUCCCGGCCCGCGAGGCCAAGGAUGUCGCCAAUCUGUUUACAGGCACAGAAGGCAUCUAUCUUCUGCCCCAUCAUGCUAAAGAAAUCGAGCGUCUCAGGGAACAGCAUGCUCUCAUUCUCUUCUCUACCGGCAACGUCUUGGUGACGGCACCCUUGAGGCAGCCCAAGAUCAGAGUCCUUGAUUGCGGUGCUUCAGAAGGCACGUGGCUCCUGGACCUCCCCCGGCUGUAUCCGCAGCACGAAUGGUCGCUCCACGGGGUCGAUAUCGGGUCCUCCCUCUUCCCGCCCAAGGUUGGCCCCUGCGCUGCCCUGGAUCUGCGCGAGUUUGACAUCCGGUCCCCUACGCCCCCGGACCCGUCCUGGACGCAAGGGUUCGACCUCGUCCACCAGAGGCUCUUAAUGUGGGGACUGCAGAAGUCGGAGUGGGCCACGGUGGUGAAGAACCACUUCUCGCUUGUGAAGUCCGGCGGCUGGAUCCAGCUCGUCGAAGGCCAGUGGGUGGACCGCGAUCACCCCUUUGACCCGGUAACUCAUCCCAACCUGGACAAGAUGUACCGGAUGCAGUGGUGGUGCACGGAAAACUUCGGCAUGGACAUGUUCAUUGGGUACAGGCUGGAAGAUCUACUGGAGGAGGCUGGCUUCAAGAACGUGCAAAAAACACAGUACACGCUGGGAUACGGCGCCCUGGCCAAGAGCCCCGAGUGGAAGAAGCGGUCGGUCGACAUGUGGGUUCACACGUUCCGAGGUUUGGGAGCACUGCUACCCAAGGGUGGCAUCCCGGGUGUCCUGAAAGACAAAGCCGAAUUCGACCAGUUGAUGAUCGACUUGCACAAGGAGACUCUGGAGCUGGGUUAUGCACCAAAGAUGAACUUUGUGAUUGGGCAGAGGCCUGAAGAGAGUUGA